AUCCUUUAUUAAUAUAUCCCAGAUGAUUGCUUGUGUAGGCCAGCAAGCCAUCAGUGGGUCCCGUGUUCCUGACGGCUUUGAAAACCGAUCCUUGCCUCAUUUUGAGAAGCAUUCCAAGCUUCCAGCCGCUAAAGGUUUUGUGGCCAACAGCUUCUAUUCUGGGUUGACACCCACCGAAUUUUUCUUCCACACCAUGGCUGGUCGGGAAGGUCUUGUCGAUACAGCUGUAAAAACAGCUGAAACAGGAUACAUGCAGGUCAAGAGUGAUUUCCCUGCCAGCUAG